AGGUAGUAAAUAAAUUAAAGAUGCCCACAAAAAAGAAAAAAACGAAACAGAGAGUGGGGGAGGAAACCAAAGAAGUGGAUGACGAGGACUCGGGGGAUCAAGAAGCGAAGCCCAAGAGGAAAAGAAAGCAGGUGGGCAAGUCUGAGGAUGCUGAAGAACGGAAAAAGUCAGACAGCGAUGAAGAAGGAGGUCAUUUGGACACAUCGGGUUCUAAUGUAAAGAGCAGCAAGAAAGAAAGAAGCAAGAAAGAAAAGGUCGAAAACAAGAAGAAGAAGAGAGGUAAAGAGAGCGAGGAUGAGCUAAGUGAUGAGUCACACAAUACUGAUGAUGAAGAAAACAACAACUCCAAGGCUACAAAGAGGAAGGAAAGGCUGCCGGAUGUGAUUGAAACCAGUAAGAAAGGUUCUAAGAAGUCCUCCGGCAAAGACAGGAUGGGGUCGAAGGCGAAGAAAUCCAAAGAUGAAGACAAAAAGUCCAAGAAGGGGGAGGAACAGGCGGCGGGGGACGAGGAGGAAGGGAAAAAGAAGAAAAAGGACAAGAAAAAGAAAAGUUCAGUGAAGGGAGACAGUGACGAAGACGGAAAGAAGACGAAAGGCAAGAAGAAGAAGGUGGAGAACUACGUGGAGAUCUAUGAGAGCGAGCUCCGCAACUACGAGCCGGAAAAGGUGGAGAACUACGAGGACGAGUAUCACAAAAAGAAAGUCUAUGAGGUGGUGACCGUCACCGGGGACGAACGAGGAGCAGGCACCGACGCCAACGUCUUCGUCACGUUCUUUGGAGACUAUGGCAAUACUCCCAAAAUGCACCUGGCCAGCAAGAGUCGCACAGCCUUCGAAAGGGCUAAAACGGACGUGUUCAGAAUUAGAACCCACAAUGUGGGACCGCUGAAAAAGAUAAGGAUCGAGCAUGACAACACUGGCAUGAACCCCAGCUGGUUCCUGGACCGGGUGGUGGUGACAGAUGUAAUUAGGCCACAUAUGAGGUUUUACUUUGCCUGUAACAACUGGCUCAGUAAGGAGGAGGGAGACGGCCUUUAUAUCAGAGACCUGCUGGGCAGCAUGGACCCCAUGGACAUGCCCAAAUAUAAUAAAUAUGUAGUGAGUGUUUUCACGGCGGAUGUGAAAGGCAGCGGAACAGACGCGGACGUCUUCAUCAACAUCUUUGGGGAAUCUGGAGACUCUGGUGAGAGGCGUCUGGACAGUGACAAGAACAACUUUGAGAAGGGCACAGAGGACAAGUUCACCAUUGACGCGCCAAACUUGGGCAAAGUUAGGAAGAUCACCAUUGGGCACAACAACAAAGGCUCCUCAGCAGGGUGGUUUGUGGACAAGGUGAUUGUGGACGAUCUGGGAAACAAAGUUGUGUAUGAAUUUCCCAUCAGUCGUUGGUUUGCCAUUGAUGAGGAUGAUGGGAAGAUCCAGAGGGAUAUUCUGGUAGGGGCCAGUCAGCCCACAGGUAUUGUGUACAACGUCCAGAUUGUGACAGGGAACAUCCGAGGUGCUGGGACCAACUCCAAGAUCCACAUUGUGAUGCACGGCUCCAAAGGCAUAAAGAACAGUGGCAAGGUGUUUUUGGAAGGAGGGCACUUUGAGCGGGACCGCACGGACAUUUUUAACGUUGAGAUUGCUGCACUCCUCAGUCCCCUCAGCAGAGUCACCAUUGGACAUGACAACGACGGGGUCAGCGCCGGUUGGUUCUGUGAGAAGGUUGUGGUGUACUGUCCGUUCACAGGGAUAGAGCAGACGUUUCCAUGCAGCAAGUGGCUGGAUGACAAAGAGGGAGACGGACUGAUAGAGAGAGAGCUGUAUGAGAUGGUCUCACUCAGGCAGAAGAGGCAGAAGAAGCACCCUUGGUCUUUGUGGAUCUGGACGUCAGACUUGCCCAGUGCAGGAACCGAUGCAGACGUCUCCUUCCAGGUUUAUGGAGAGAAGGGCAAGUCCGACGAAAUCAAACUGGACAACAAGACGGACAAUUUUGAACAGGGACAGGUGGACAAGUUUAUCGUUGAGCUGCCUGACUUAGGAAAACUGACCAAACUUCGAAUCUGGCAUGAGAAGAGAAGUUCAUUUGCAGGAUGGCAUCUCAGCAAGGCGACUCUAAUGAAAACAUUAACAAAGGAAAAGUAUACAUUUCCUUGUGAGCGCUGGCUGGACAUUAGUGAGGAUGAUAAUGAAGUUGUGAGGGAGCUUCCUGCUACUGGAGACCUAAUCGCUGAGUCCCUGCCUAUUGUCAAAUACAGAAUAACAGUUUGCACGGGGACUGUCAGCGGCAGCGGAACAGAUGCCUCGGUUUUCCUUAAUCUGAUUGGCAGCCAGGGGGACACUGGAGAUCGGCAGCUGAUCAACUGUAAAAACAACGUCAACAAAUUUGAGAAGGGAAAUUUGGAUGAGUUCAUAGUGGAGGCAGUGGCCAUUGGGCAGAUCCGCCGGGUGAGGAUUGGACAUGAUGGCAAAGGUGGAGGCUGUGGCUGGUUCCUCGACAAAGUGGUUGUAAGAGAGGAGGGCCAAGCUGAGACCCAGGCUGUGGAGUUUCCCUGCAACAGGUGGCUUGACCGCAAUGAGGAUGAUGGACAGAUUGUCAGAGAGCUGGUGCCGUUCUCAGAUGGGCAGCGUCUUUACAAUGUGGAUUAUCUCAUCGCGGUGAAGACGGGCGACAUCCCUGGUGGCAGCUCAGACUCCAACGUGUUCGUCAAGCUCUACGGAGACAAAGGGGACACUGGGAAAAUGAUGCUGGUGGUCUCCACCAACAAUCUUGGAAACUACUUUGAGACAGGCCGCAUCGACAUCUUCAAAUUGGAAACGCUUGAUAUUGGCCAGAUAAACCGUCUUAUGAUCGGCCACACCAACGAGGGCAUGCGUGCUGGCUGGUUCUUGGACAGCGUUCAGAUUAUGGUUCCGGUCCAUGGACAGCGCUACAUGUUCCCCAGUCACCGCUGGCUGUGUGAGGAUGAAGCAGAUGGCAAAACAGAACUGGAGAUUUAUCCAAGCGAGAUCCUGGACAUGGAAAAAUUGAUUAACUAUGAAAUAACAAUAGUCACCGGGGAUGUAACAUUUGCUGGCACCAAUGCCAACGUAUUCAUCCAGAUCUAUGGGGACAAGGGCAAGACAGAGAUGAUCACGCUCAAGAGCAGAUCCAACAGUUUUGAGCGGAACACCACAGAUAUAUUCAAGGUGGAGGGCAGAGAUGUGGGUACUGUCUUCAAGAUCCGCAUCGGCCACGACGACUCGGGGAUUGGCUCUGGCUGGUUUCUGGAGACAGUCGACGUCAAGCACCUAAUUCUGGCGUUGGUGCCGAAGGAAAAGAAAAAGGAAGACAAGAAGAAGAAAAAGAAGAAGAAGAAGGACGAGGAAGAUGAGGAUGAGGAAGGAGAGGAGAUGCGGGAAGUGGUCCUGACUUACCACUUUCCCUGUUCCCGCUGGCUGGCCAAGGGAGAGGAGGAUGGAGAGCUGGUGGUGGAGCUGCUGCCUGAGAACGCGGAGGAGCUGGAAGUCAACACAUAUGAAGUGUGCGUCUUCACUGGUGACAUGCUUGGAGCUGGGACCGACGCCAAGGUCUUCGUUAAUAUUUAUGGGGAAAACGGAGACACUGGAGAGCGGCUCCUGAGUAACUCCGACAACCUCAACAAAUUUGAGCGCGGCCAGGAGGACGUGUUCAUUGUGACAGCUAUUGAUCUGGGUCCUCUGAAAAAGCUACGAAUCCGUCAUGACAACAGUCACUCUCAUUCAUCCUGGUAUCUAGAUCGCGUUGAGAUAGUGGACACAAAGGAUGAUACAACGUAUUAUUUCCCUUGCACCCGCUGGCUGGCAGUGGAUGAAGACGACGGGCAGAUAGCGAGAGAGCUGGUGCCUGUGGACGAGGCCUUCAUGAGGAAGGAUGAGGACGACGAGGGGGGCGGCCCCACUCUGGGGCUGGAGCAGAAAUCCAUGUCCACUACAUACACUAUUAAGGUAAAAACCGGAGAAAAGAAGCACGCUGGAACUGAUGCCAAUGUCUUUGCGAUCCUGUUUGGAGAAAAUGACGACACGGGCGUCAUCAACCUAAAGGCUUGUAAACAUUACAAGAACAAGUUUGAACAGGGGAUGAUCAAUGAGUUCACCGUGGAGGCGGUCGACUUGGGCGACCUGGAGAAGAUACGAAUUGGCCACGACAACUCAGGUCCUUCGUCUGGUUGGUUUUUAGACUGGGUGAAGAUCGACGCUCCGUCACAGGGUCAGAGACUCUGCUUCCCGUGUGGCCGGUGGUUGGAUAAAGGAGAGGACGAUGGUGCAACUAUGAGGGACCUCUAUCCCGCUGAUCUACAAACUGAGUUCUACACCCCAUUUGUGCCUUAUGAGAUCAAGAUAUUCACCAGCGACGUGUUUGCCGCGGGAACGGACGCUGACGUGUUUGUGACCCUGUAUGGACAGAAGGGAGUGUGUACCCUGCAGAAGCACCUGUGUGUCAACAAGCGAGAGCGGCGGCUGUACUUUGAGAGAGGAGCUGAGGACAUGUUCAUUGUGGAGUUGGAGGACGUGGGUGACAUUAUAGAGAAGAUCCGGAUCGGACACGACAACAGGGGCAUCAACCCAGGGUGGCACCUCGACAGAGUAGAGAUCAGGCGACAGCUCCGGAAAGGGAAGGGUUCUGAGACGACCAUUUUCCCAUGUGAGCGCUGGCUGGCUAAGUCUGAAGAUGAUGGGGAGACGGUGCGGGAGCUCGUCCCCUCAGACAUCAUCACACAGAAGCUUCUCAGGGAUGGGACGCUGAAGACCACUGAGACAGAAGUGGAGGAUGCUCUGGAAACUCACACGUACACAGUGUCUGUCAGGACGGGUGACAUGCACAGGGCAGGAACUGAUGCCAAUGUUUUUCUAACUAUCUACGGAGACCUGGGAGACACAGGGGAGCGCAAACUUGCCAAAUCUGAGAACAGCAAGAACAAGUUUGAGAGAGGAUCAGUGGACAAGUUCUCUAUCGAGGCUGUGGAUCUGGGACAAGUGUUUAAAAUAUACAUCCGUCAUGACAACUCAAUGAUCGGAGCGGAUUGGUACCUGGACCAGGUGGAGGUGCUGGAUGUGGAAACAGAAGAGGUGUAUAUGUUUCUGUGUGAACGCUGGCUGUCAAAGAAGAGGGAGGAUAAACGUAUUGAGAGGACCUUCUAUGUCAAGGGGUAUGAAGGUGACAGAAACACUGAUCCAUAUUCUAAGAAGAUUGCUCAGGCCAAGCAGGGGCUGGACAAAAACGCCAACAAGAAGAAAAAGAAGAAAAAGGUGGCAGUGGUGGAGGAGGGUCCCAUCAUUCCCUAUCACUUCACCCUGACCACGGGGAUGGACCGCGAUGCCAGCACUACAGCCAGGGUCUACGUGAUUAUCCUCGGCCCUAAUGACGUCGAGACAGACCGGCUGUGGCUGGAUCUGCCGGAGGGAAAGAAAUCCUUCUUUGCCGGCAGCAUGGACCACUUUGUGUGUUAUGGAACUGACGUAGGAGAGAUCAAGAGGGUGGAACUCGGGCAUAACGGUGUCACACCAGAGAGUUGCUGGUUGGUGGAUGAGCUGUCGGUUGCCGUGCCAACCAAAGGUAUCAAGUACAUCUUUCCAUGUAAGUGCUGGCUGGCGAAAGACAGGGGAGAUGGUCUGACUGCCAGACUGUUCAAUGUAUUAGACUCCAGCACGAUCAACAUUACCCGCAAAGUUGUUUAUUCAGCCACAGUCGUCACGGGUGACACCCAGUAUGCAGGGACUGACACCAACAUCUUCCUCACUGUGUUCGGGGCCAAUGGGAGCACAGAGGAAAUGCUGCUACCUAAAAAUGAGGAUAGGUUUGAAAGAGGCCAAGAGGACACAUUCACCCUGGAAAUAGAUGAUAUCGCUCCUCUCAAAAAGAUCCGAGUUCGGAUCGACGGCCGCGGUAGUCGCCCCGACUGGUUCCUCGACAAUAUCGUGAUGCGCAACCUGACAACAGAGGAUACAUACAUGUUUACCUAUGAGAACUGGCUGUCAAAGACCAAAGGGCCAAAGAGGACCAAGGUGUGUGAGCUGGCAGCCAUGGUGGAUGAGGAGGAGAUGGUGGAGAGAACAUCCUACAUCAUCCAAGUCCAGACCAGUGAUGUUGGAGGUGGCGGGACCGAUGCCAACGUGUUUGUGAUCGUGUUCGGGGAGUACGGAGACACUGGGACGCUGCACCUGAAGGAGAGCACCAACAGGAACAAGUUUGAGCGUAAAACGAAGGAUGUGUUCAGAUUUCCAGACGUGCUCAGUCUGGGCAAACUGUCCAAGGUCCGAGUGUGGCAUGAUAACAAAGGCCCUGCUCCUGGUUGGCACCUGGAGUACAUAGACGUGAAAGAUGAGGCCAUGGAUCAGAACUUCCGGUUCCCCUGUGACCGGUGGUUGGCUAAUGAAGACGACGGGCAGAUUAUAAGGGAGCUGGCCUGUGCCAAUAACGACUCCAUAGACCUCAGUGACAAAACCAAAUAUGAAAUUGCCACAACAACUGCUAACACAGACGACGCCUCCACCACCGAAAAUGCCUGGAUCGUGUUAGAAGGAAGGAAAGCACGUUCCAAGGAGUUUGUCCUGGAAAAUAAGAAGAAGAAGUUCCUGUGCGGCGCCACUGACACGUUUGAGUUUUCAUCUAAGCACGUGGGGGAGAUCGCUGGCAUCUGCCUCGGCCACAUCACGAAAGAUGGCAAAAAAGUCAAGAAUGAGGCCUUCUGGCACGUUUUAGAGGUGGAGGUAACAGAAAAGGAGCUGGGAAACAAGUAUUUCUUCCACUGUGACGCGCAGAUCCCCUUAGCAGCCAAAAAAGACCAGUUCCUGACGUUCGAGUGCUAUAAGUCCAUCGAGAGCUUCGCAAGCAAAGUCCGCAACCUGGUUCCUGUGAAGUACGAAAUCAUAGUCAUCACGGGGGACUUCAAGUCCGCCGGCACGGACGCCAACGUCUUCACCACCCUCUACGGUGUGAACGGUGACUCGGGCAAGCGGCACCUGCGCCACAAGUUCCGCAACCUCUUCGAGAGGGGCCGAACGGACCGCUUCGUCCUGGAGAUGCUGGACCUCGGGGAGCUGCUGCGGCUCAAAGUGGAGCACGACAACAGCGGCUCCAACGUGGGCUGGUUUUUGGAGUGCGUGGAGGUGACCAACACGGCCAACUCGGUCACAACCAUCUUCAAGUGCGGCAAGUGGCUGGACCACCGCAAGGCCGACGGGCAGAUUCAGCGCGUGCUCUACCCCAGUUAUUAGGACGAGAGAGGAGGGGUGGGGAUGUCUCUUAGCAACAGUUUAAAGAUGCUGUUCAAGCACUAGACAAGCUUUGUGGACAUUAUGUCAGCAUUCAAACAACAACAGCAGUGUUGUUAAAUUUGUGCCAUGUAUUUAGGGUCAGAACAAGCCAUGAUAAAACGUCUUUCUAUUCAAAUUGAAAGACUUGAUUACAGAUUUUUUGGGGAGUUUUUUCUUAAUUUAUGAGUGGUUUGUUUUGUAUUGUUUAAACCUCAGGCCUCUACGUGACAGCGAUGUGAGGUUUUAAGCAGUGUGUUAUAAUAAUGAGUUGAACCUCACCCCAGUAUCACAGCACAUUUCACAUCAUUAGAUCUGUGCCAGUAUAUGUGGUUGGAAAUGUUGACUAAUGUACCAAUGCUGAUCUAGCGAUGCAGGAAAAAAACAAACUUAGAGUUCUAGUUGUCAGCAUUUUAGGCAGUUUAUUGAAAAACACAUACAAAAAGAUCAUAUACAAGACAAUAAAUAAAAAAGAGACAGAACAGUUUGGGUUAAGCUAUGCAACUUUUUGCAUCAUCAUUAGUAAUAAAUACAGUACAAAAUCCACCCAGAGUGAAUCUAAAGAUUUUCCACAAUAUUCACUGAUCAUGUUAUUCUUCAUUAUGAUUUAGCUAUUGCUUUCAUAUUAUUGAUACAUACUUCUACUUUUCUAUAAAAUACUCAAGAUCAUAAAACAUUGCGCGGUUACAGCAAAACAGCAGUGUGUUGUACAAAGAUGGCCACUUCCCUUUUUCACUGGCAGGUUAAUAAUCAACAUUUUUUCAGCAGCAAAGAAACAUCUGAAA